AUGCAGUGGCGAACGCUACUGGCCUUCGCCCCUGCACUCUGGUCUGCCGUGGCUGCGCUGCCCUCGGCCGACGAUGCGGAAACCCAGUUCGGACGAGACUUCUAUAGCGAUCCUACACUGAGAGACCCGUUAUGGUGGAAAUAUGGACUGAAUGCCUCCGCCGAGUAUAAAUACUUUCAUGAGCCCGGCCGCGACGAUAUCCUAGGCCAUUAUGAUUCUCGAUACUUUACCGAGCCCGUCGACGACAGAGAACGCGCAGACACCCUCACUCAUAUGAUCCGCGCAUACCUUAAAUUUUUCAACGAGAACGAGCUGGAAACAUGGAUUGCACACGGAACCCUGCUGGGCUGGUGGUGGAAUGGAAAGAUCCUUCCCUGGGAUUGGGACAUGGACACCCAGGUCCCCGACACCACUCUUGCCUACCUCGCCGACCACUAUAACCGCACAGUCGUCCAGUAUAAGUCACCCGAUACCGGAAAGGAGCGAGAAUACUUGUUAGACAUCAACCCAUGGUCCCGGCAGCGCGAGCGCGGACAGGGACAUAAUAUCAUCGAUGCGCGCUGGAUCGACAUUCACACCGGUCUAUACAUUGACAUCACCGGUCUCAGUCGAUUGGAGCCUGAUCACCCGGAUAUUUGGCAGUGUAAGAACUUCCACAAAUACCGUUUGAAGGAUAUAUAUCCGCUGCGCCGGACUACAUUUGAGGGGGUCCCGGCCAAGGUGCCGCUCCAGUAUGAUUCCAUGUUGAUGGAUGAGUACUCGGAGAAGGCAUUGACCAUGACGAGGUUCCAUAAUCAUACUUGGUUCCCAAACUUGGCGGAAUGGAUCGCCGAUGAGACCCUCGCUAAUUUGAAGAUCAAACUGCCAGAAGACCGGCAGUAUGAAUGA